CGGCGCAGACAGUACGCCUCCCGGCCCGAGCCCUCCGGCCAACGCGCCCGCCGCCACCUCCAACGCGAGAGAAGAAAUGUCCCACACAGGACCCCUCUCCAGGAACCUCUUUCUGAGCACCUUUCUGCAGGAGCAUGGCCCGGAAGUGCUGAACGUCCCCGGCAUGACUAAUCUCGUGGAGCACUAUGGUCCAGGGCCCUCCCCUAACAGCAGCCCCAACUAUGUGGCCAUGCGGCUGGCCUUCAUCGGGGACGAGAUGGAAGUGAGAUGGAUGCUGCCCCGCGCUGGCGAGCUGCCCGGGAUGGCCGUGCACAGCUGGGCUUUUACCUACAACCAGAUGCGCCUGAGAGGUGUUCUCCGAAGUUUCGUGGAUGGUCUCACUAACCUCAGGGAGCACAUACGGAUCUGGAGCUUCCUGACCUUCAGGAACAGGGUGUCCCCCAACCCCGGGCGCGGGCUGGUGCUGUCCCUGCUGCUGCUGGUGGUGCUGCUGCUAGGCUGGGGGCUUCAGGUCCUCCAGUGAUGCGAGCUGCUGCUCUGGGCGGGGGGCGGGGCUGGCCUCGCCCCCUCCCUGGCCGCCACCCUGGAGGUGGCCUUGUUGGGUUUGUUGUCUUUUUAACUGUUUUCUGAUGAUGCCUUUUUUAUAUUUAAAACAGAGUGCUGGGACACUACUGAGGUUUCAUACUAGUUUUUUUCUUUUUCUUUUUGUAAGAGAAAUGAAUUCAUUAUACCUCUGGGGUCGUUGCUGGUUAACUGCCCGUGCCAAGGCCUGGCUGGGCCUGCUCUCCUGGCCCCAGCCCACGUGUGGUGGCCUGUCCCAGAAAGGAGCCUUCCUCUUGCUGGGGGGCCCUGUGGCGGGCCGUGGGGGGAGUGCUGGCCACACCCCCACGUCUGUGAUGCCCCGGGGCAAAGGGAAAAUCUGCUGGAAUAGAUUUCUGAGGGGUGAGGAGAGCUCAAUAAAAUGUUGGUUUCCA